AUGAUAUCAGCUACACGGCGAUGGCUCCGCCGUAAUAGAACUCCAAUAGCCAUUGGUGCUGGUGUAAUUGGCGCUGGCUAUUUAGCUACUCAAUAUGUCUUGAAUAAGAUCAACGACGCGCGUGAGCGCAUGAGCAGCGAUCGCAUCGCGAAGGAGAACCUUCGACGUCGGUUCGAGCAGAACCAGGAAGACUGCACAUUUACAGUCCUAGCAUUGCUGCCGACUGCGACUACGAAUAUACUCGAGACCAUGAACACCGAAAGGAUCACGCUCGAGAUUCAGCAAAUGAAAGGCAGCAAGGCUCUGCGUAAUGGUGGCGAAUUCUCAGCUGCACCUCCUAGCAUUGCUGAUACUACUUUAACUGAAGAAGAGGGAAAGAGUAUCGCGAGUUUACCGAGCGAGAGUGGCGUAUUUACUAGUCAGAUGACGAUAUCGUCUGUGUCCAAUGCAGGAGAUGGCUCCCAAGAUGGCGGUCAGCAGUCUGUGCAGAGAUUGAGAAAAACGAAGAGACAAUUAUGGGAUGAUUUAACGAUAAGCUCAAUAACACGUGCUUUCACUCUCGUAUACACUUUGGCCCUUCUUACUAUGCUCACGCGGGUCCAACUCAAUCUCUUGGGGCGACGUAGUUAUUUAUCAAGUGUAGUGUCUCUAGCAACAGGGACAGCACAGUCGACGAUAAGCUUAGAAAAUAACGAUGAUGACAACACGGAGCACACAUACGGUAGCGACUUUGAGACAAACCGGAAAUACCUGACCUUCAGCUGGUGGCUGCUACACCGCGGCUGGGUUGAGAUCAUGGAGAAUGUUGAAGGUGCCGUUCGCGAGGUCUUCGGACACCUUAGUCCCCGUGAUCUACUAAGCUUCGACACGUUCUCGCAGCUUACGCUCGAGGUUCGUAAGAAGAUGGAGAGCAGGGCAGAAGAGACCAGCGAGUCGAGACCAGGCUCAAAGUGGCUGCCAUUCCUACUACCCCCUACUAAGAUGGAAGACUUCGUCCUCCGGGAGUCAGGCGUCUUGGGUGACACAGCGACGUCUGUUCAACCGGACGGUUCAUCGGCAUCGGCAUCUUCAGAGACGCCACUCCGCCGUCUCCUAGACGAGACUUCGGACCUCAUUGAGUCUCCUCCCUUCACGCGUGUUCUGACGCUCCUCCUCGACGCUGGUUUCUCUACUCUCUUAUAUAAGAAAGUACUGCCAGGCGCCUUCCAAACACCAGGAACACCCUUCACCGCCCCUCCAUCGUCAGACUUAGGAGCGCUAGUCGGUCAGCAGGCGGCCGUGAGGGCUGCCGGCUCAAAGGUUGUUCUGCUGCCUAAGAUCCUGUCGGUGCUGACGCGACAGGCCCACGCUAUCGGCAACGGUAUGCCCAACGAAUACCUACAGGAGAUGGAGCAGGUACGCGACCUAGAAGCUUUCGCAGCCGUUGUCUAUUCGAGCAACUGGGAGAACGAGAUCCAGGACUCGGAAAACUUAGCUGCGGCGCGGGCCGCCGAGGAGACGACGAGCAAUAGCAAUAACAAUAGCAAUCUGCACGUACCAGAAGGCAGCAACGUGGGUCGGUUCUCGCACGUCUCUACUUUAGGCGAAGAGAGCAUGGUCAUAGUCGACCCGUCGCAGUCGCAAAUCUCGCAGACGCAGUCCUCAUUCGAGACGGCAUGGGAGCGAGCGACAGAUCAGUGA